AUGAAGUUCGCCGCAUUCGUCCUCGCCGCCGCCGGUAUUGUUGCCGCCGCCCCCGGCACCAAGCUGGUUCAACGCAACUACUCGCCCCUCGUCCCUCGCUCUGCCCGCGCCAGGUACAGCUCCGCCCCGAACCAGAGGCUCUCCGUCGAUUCUCUCGACUUACUCAAGUCCACCGGCGAGAAGAACGUCGACUACUCGGGCAACUGGGCCGGCGCCGUCAAGAUCGGGACGGGCUACAACCACGUCACCGGCACCAUCACCGUGCCCGAGGUGAGCGGCGCCCGCGGGGCCGCCGCCUCCGCCUGGGUCGGCAUUGACGGCGACACCUGCCAGACCGCCAUCCUCCAGACCGGCAUAUCCUUCUACGCCGACGGCACCUUCGACGCCUGGUACGAGUGGAUCCCGGACUACGCUUACAACUUCAACAACUUCGGCGUCAGCGUCGGCGACAAGAUCCGGAUGACGGUCGACGCGUCCUCCAAGACCAAGGGCGUCGCGACCCUCGAGAACCUGACCACCGGGCAGAAGGUCACGCACUCCUUCACCAGCACGCCCUCGUCCCUCUGCGAGACCAACGCCGAGUGGAUCGUCGAGGCGUUCCAGGAGAACGGCAGCCAGGUCACCCUCGCCGACUUUGGCACCGUCACCUUCACGGGCGCUGCCGCCUCUGGGUCCGGCGGCUCGGUCACCGCCGCUGGCGCGGACAUCAUCGACAUCUCGCCCAACAACGGCCGCACGGUCCUUGCUGCGGGCUCCGUCAGUGGCAGCACCGUCACUGUCAAGUAUGUUGGCUAG